AUAUCUGUCGUAUGGAUUAGUUAAAAUAACUGACAAUUAUAUUAUAUUUGCUCUAUUUUUAGGCCCAAUAGUAAGUCCAGCCCAGGUUUGUUAAGUGAUGGGCUUUAUUGAAAGCCCGAAACUGAUUUCAGGGCUAUAUUAGUCUUUACAACCAAACCCGGAGUUCGUCAGAGAGAAUCUCCCGUCAGUCGCCACGGCUCUCUCUCCCCCUCUCUCUUUCUCUCGUUUCUUGUUGAAAGUUUCUUGAAGUAAAAUGUUUGCGCAGGUGAGAUACAGUAUGUAUGGAUAGAGAGAGUGAUUUUCAGAAACGCGCAUAUGGAGAUGCAGAUUUUGGAGAUUGAUUUGAUCUCCGCCCAGGGUCUGAAGACGCCUUCAGGUAACUUGCGUCGGUUGCAGACCUAUGCCGUCACCUGGAUUAACUCAGCGGCGAAGCUCCGAACCUGUACCGACUCACUCGGCGGAGAAAACCCCAACUGGAACGACAAAUUUCUGUUCCGAGUGUCCAAUGAGUUCAUUUCCAGGGAGACCUCCGCCGUCGCCGUUGAGAUCUUCGUCGUCGGACGUAUCAAGGAUAUUCUAAUUGGCAGUGUACGUUUUCUCCUGAGCACGUGUCUUAAGAGGGCGACGCCUCUGGCGUCCGGCUCAACCGGUACACCCGUGUUUACCGCCGUGCAGAUCCGGCGUCCGUCCGGCAGAUUCCAAGGCGUCCUCAACAUUGCUGCCGCGGUGUACCAUUCUUCCGAUUACGCGAUACUCGAGAAAGUCUCGGCGGUGAGUUUCCGAGAGCUGAUGGAAAAGAAGGAGAGCGAGUCGCGUCGGCAGCGGAGGCUGAGCCGAGGUGGAUCGAGGAGGAGCCAGCAGUCUUCCGGAGAGUCUUGUGACAGCGUGGACUCAACGGCAUCGUCCUCAUCUGCGGCUUCAAAGGCGUUGAAGGAAUGGAACUCCGUUCGAGAAAUGGCGGGAAAGACGAAAGGGGCAAAAUCCGACGGUGGGGGGUCUUUUUGUGGGUUGAUGAUGCAGAGGAAGAUUCCAUUCUGUCCGUCAGAUCAGAAUCUCGAGUUCUGGGCGGAUUCUUUUAAAGAGAAUGAUUGAUAGACGGCCAAGAUUUGUUUACCCGGAGAGUAGAAUUGACGACUGAGAUCACAUGAAGCAAGUAAUUGCCACCCCGUUUGAAAAUCGGUUAGCCGUUAUUUCCAGCUAAGAUGCUAUUUCCUUUUUCGGUGAGAAUUCCAACCAUAAUACAAAUAACUAAAAAUUGUUGGCAUAAAUUCGUUUUCACUCUAAUGAAUCUCAA